AUGGCGAUUGCAACGGUAACUGCUCCACGAUCCCACUCACCUCAUAGUCGCCCAAAAAUGGCGGAUUCAAGUUCUGGGUUACCGCCAAUUAAUGACGAUGACAAUACCAACGAAAGCUUCCCAAAUAUCCCGGUUGAGAUUGUGAGCGACGAGGAAAUGGCCCUAAUCGAAGCUGCCUUAGCCGCUGCCGUCACCACUGCUCGAUCUUCAACCUCCGCUAUUCGUUCCACUUUUUGUUCCUCUCAGAAUCUCUUUAACACCAGGUCGAUUCACUCCAUUACCCUCCUAUCCAAGAGGGGCAUCUCUUCUUCCCAGCCAGACAUUGAGGAUCUCGGCAAAAUCGCGAUUACCCAGAAGAAGAUCAAAGUCAAUGAAUCGUUUCUGCAACGUUAUAGGAGGAACAAGCCCUUGGCCGUCACUGAUAUUACUCAAAUGGAAUGGUGUGAAAAACAGAUGGAGCUUUCUCUUCUUUCUGGAGUUCGGAAAAAAACCAAAGCUAUGGAAGCAGGUAUUGCGCGCCAUGCAAUGCUUGAAGCGGAGGUUGUUAAAAAAGUCAAAGUUCAGGUGAAAUCGGAAGAAGAUAGAUGGGCUUUGAAGCUUCUUAAUUUCAUAUUUGGUGUAAAUCAACUAGUGCUUGAAGGAUUGACUCGUGAACUGCCUGUAUUGAGCUUGGUCGAAGGUGUAUGGAUAGUUGGUGUGAUUGAUGAGAUUCAGAUGUUGGAGAUUAAUACCAGUAAAAUACCAAUGUUGAUAGACAGAAAAACCCGUGUGCGGGAUACAAUUCCUGCUGAACCACAACGAAGAAAUGGAAAGCUUCAAUUAAUGUGUUAUAAGUUCUUAUUGGACAGUUUAAUUUCUGGUAGCUUUUCUAUCAGACAAUUUUUCGAUUUCUUUUCUUUGAAUCCUCAUUCCACCUUGUCCGAGGAAAUUGCGGACAGCACUACUUCAUUUGGUUUUACUGCAAAGACUCUUGAUGAUGUAGUAAGAUACUACAUAAAUUGUUGUAGCAUGCUGCCUCCUUCUCACAAUCAACUCUUACUAAGAUAUGAAUCACAAAAGGAUCAGUCUAUUAUUGUUGAAGAUGAAUUUGCAUAUAAUCAUGGUUGGCUCAAGAGUCAACUUGAGACCUUAUUACAGGUCUGGGGUGGACAGCGAGAACCCGAAUGUACUCCUCGGGAAGAACGAUGGAAAUGCCGACAUUGUCAAUUUGUUUCUGACUGCCCUGUGAAUGCUAACUUCGAUGCUACUCGAAAGCCCGAGUAAUUCAACUCGAAAAUUCUGGGUUUGGUCUCUCCUGCCAACUAACAAGAUCAUCUCCUUCAUGUUUAUGGGGUUCAUUUUCUGACCCUUCCCCUCAGAAGCUAUAGUUUUAUGUUUUAGCUUCUUGUGAUUUAUUUACAACAGAUAUAUCAAUUUGGAUUGAUCAUGUUUGUAUUUACACUCGCGGUGCAAAACUGCACCUCUUAGAAACAGAUGUAUGUGUUGUAGUUCUAAUUUGGAGAACUAUUCUUGGUUGUAUUGGCAAUUUUCUUAAGCUUGAGCAGUGAGGUAAAACAGCAAUUACAAGUAUAUUAUUUUAUUAAAAAAAAAUAAUUUUAUUGUAUGUAA